AUGCGGGCGUCAGGCAUCCCCCCCACCACCUCCACCUUCAACUACCUCAUAGACGCCUGCGCCACCGCUCCCCGCCCUGACGCGGUGAAGGCGUGGAGCCUCUUUUCCGAGAUGGAAGGUGCUGAGAACGUUCGUCCCAACGCAGAGACGUUCAACCUGCUGAUCACCGCGUGCACCAAGGCGGGCGACCACGAUGGUGCACUAAAGGCAUUUGGAAUGAUGAGGGAGAGGGGCUACACGAGGGCCAUCACCACGUCCACCUUCAACAAGCUCAUCCACUCCGCUGCUGCCACUCCCUCUGCCUCCACUGAAACCGCCUUCCAGCUGUACAGCCAAAUGAGGGCGGAGGGCCACAGGCCAGACGUGGUGACCCUGGGAACGCUCAUCACAGCAUGUGGCAAGGACGGGGACGCGGCACGGGCCAUGGCAGUGCGGCAGGAGCUAGAGGCCGAGGGGGUGCCGCCCAACGCCGCCGUCUUCCACGCGCUCAUGGCGGUGCAGGGCCGCGCUGGCUUGUGGCCAGCGGCGCUCGGCACGUUCCGGGAGAUGCAGGGCCGGGCGGCGGAGUGGGAGCGGAAGGGGAGUGGCAGCACUGUUAUUGGUGGCCCCAGAGAGAACCCCCUGGCACCAACCCUCCCGGCGUAUACAGUGCUUUUUGACGCGUGCUUUGGCCCCGAGGGGGCAGAUGCAACAAUCAAGAGCCUCGUCGAGAAGGGGCACAGGCUCUCCCUCACACCGGCCCUGGCAGCAGCGGUGGAGGUGUACAGAGAGGCAGCAGAGGCGGGCACCUUCUCGCACUACGCCCUCACUGAUGCCUACAGGUGUGAUGUGCGCAGCUCCACGCGCCCCAUAGCCACCGUGGCCCUGCUCUCCCUCCUGCUGCAUCUUGCCUCUCCUGCCGCCACCGCGGCUGCUGGCACUGCCACUCCUGCUGCUGCCACCGCUUCCCAAGAUGUUGCUUCCACUGCUGCUGCUCCUGCACCUGCUGCAACCGUUACAGCUGCUGCCGCUGGAGCCUCAGCCGAUGACUCGUUAGUGUGCGACUUGGUUAUUGUGACAGGGAUGUCGCGAGCAAAGAACCAGCCAAUAGGAGAGGCACCUCGGGGCAGGUUCCCGAAGCUGUUUGUGAGUGUGGAUCGGACACUGCAGGCGGUGGGGCUCAAAGGCAAAAGCAUGCGUGCUCUCACCAUGCAAGCGCUGUCUGUGGAUGCUCAACAGCUCGCGCAAUGGCUCAAGACAGACGCUGCUGCCGUGUUUCCCGAGUUGAGCAAGUAG